CCAUGCAGUUUCGAACAGCUUAGAUCUUGUCAUGACAGAAUGUCAUGGCAGAAUCGCCGGUAUCGCCGGUGACCAUUCUGGCCACUUACAAGGAUCUUAUAAUUUGUGUUGUGGCAUCUGCUCUGGCCGGUGUUGGAGUAGGAUUCUUCGGCUGCCUACUGUCGUCCGCUGACAAGCAAAGGCAACUGAACGGUGGCAAACACACAGAUUGCAGCCGAUUGCGGUGUGUCUUGGGAGCUGUAGGAUCCACAAUCUUCGGAGUGCUAUCCCUUGUGGGCCUUGCGUUUGGCCCGGUGGCACUUGUGGUUGUGGUACGAGCUGGAGCUACGUUGCCGGCCAAUGCCUUUUUUAGCCAGGUCUUCCACCUGCGUCCACUCACAACAAGUGAUGCCCUGGGAACUUUGGUCACACUUUCAGGUGUGGUUUGCUUCACGCUUUUUCAGGGAGAGCCGGGUCCAGAGGUCAAUGUCCGCGUUUUCCUGGACUUUGUGGAGAGACCGGUGUCGAUUGUUUGGAAUUCUGUUUUGUGUGUAGCAACACUUGCUGGUGUUUUCUACAUGUUGGAAGAGCGCUUACGAAGAAGGAGUUGCUUGUUGCGCACUCGAAGACUCAGAUCGGGUCGUUGGCCGAGCUUUCGAAACUCUCGUCGUACCAUAAAAAGAGCCAUUCGAGGGGAAAGGGAAGAGCAAAACGAAUCACAGGAAUCACAGGAAAGUGACGCAGAAGAGAAGAGGAAGUGCUGUGCCAAGGAGUUGAAGGAGGUUCUGGCGGUGUGUUUGGUCACCUCCUGCAGCAGUGCCGAGAUGGACGUCGCCGCUAAAGGCUGGGCAGCUGCCCUGAAGGAGGGACCGGGUGCAGCCUUGGAAUCGGCCUUGUUUUGGUUGUCGAUCAUCGUCAACGUGAUUUUUCUGGUCGGAAUGCGAGCGGGGACGAUCAUCGGUUGCCAUCGCUGUGACGUUUUGCUCUUCAUUCCAACCAGCACGGUGUUGAACAUCUUCGUGAGUGUUGCUACUGGCCUAGUAGUGCUGGAAGAAUGGAAGCAAGUGGCCUCGUGGACUGGUCUAUUUGCCAGUUCCCUUACCGUUCUAGGUGGCAUCAUUAUGCUUGUUGAUGGUCCAGCCGAAGAUACUCAGCAGGAAACCCUCGCCUUUUCCACAGACAUGGUCUCAGAAGAGGAAGAGUCUACGCAAAGUGACGAGGAGGUGGCUUGCGUUCCAGCGCUCGGUGAUGUGGAGGUGGACGCCUCGGAAGAGGAUGUGGAGGGCAGGCGAGCCACAGUUUCGGUCUCUGAGCUCCUGGUGACCACCAAGAUGCAUGCCAUUGCCAAUAUGAACAAAAAUCAUUCUCGGGCCGUUUGGUGGAAGAUACAGAGGGCACAGGAGGACCUGGACCGAAUGCGACACACUGGUCGAUGGUCAUCGGCUCCGGAUCUUCAAUCGCUGGCACGGAUCGCAGAUACUCGCCUUGAACCAGAAAACUCUCGCGAUCGAAGCAGGACGAUUGGCCAUGCGGAUUCUCCGCACUCGCUGACAUGAAACUAUAUGAAACUUCUCCAAAGCUUGGCAUUUUUUUUGUGCCACUUGGAGAUCGAAUCAAUGACAAUGCCAAAGAGCACACCUGCAGUGAACCACCGGGUGUUUGUCUGAUGUUUCUGUUCUCAGCUAAUGCUACGGGAAUAAGAAAA